CCAUUUUUACGUUGUUGAUUGCAAAAUAUUUUAAUCACGGUAUGGAUGAUUAUACUCGUUUGGAAAAUCACUCAGAUUCAGAAACAAACGAAACAGAAAGCUGCGAAACUGGAGGUAUACAAGCAUUACUUUAUUGCAAAACUAGCAAAGGAAGAGCUGUUGGAUCACCUGUUGUCAUAUCUCUGCCUGACAGUGAAAAGUUGUUAGAUUGGAAACAGUGUAUACGUGAAACUAUUGCCGAGACAGAGAUGUAUCCCUAUGAUGAAGUUAUAUUGAAUAAAUUAUACUUCGUCAACAAAAAUUCGCGCAGUUUAUCUCUGAUAGCAAUAACUGGCGAAUCUGGCAUACAACAGGUAAUGCUAGAGUAUCCACCAAGGCAAAAGAACGGCCGCCUUUCUACAUCCCGCAUUAAACUCGCCUGUGAUUGGCACCAAAAAGGGCAUGCAACACCAUUGCGAUCUUCACCCAGAUUUCAUGCAGCAGCUCCUAGUAAGAGUCCAAAUUCUUGUAGCAGCAAUAUCCCAGUGGCUAAAGAAAUAAAUUGUACAUAUAACAUAUAUGUGACAGCUGGUGUGAAAAAAUGUUCAAGUGUUGCAGAAGGUCCAGUCAAUGUAAUUCACAAUGUUCCACAACAUGAAGGACUUAAAUAUGUAAAACGCCGUUUAAGGGAGGAAAUUUCAGAUGUUUGUAUAAAAGCUGGAUUGUAUUGGCUACCAAAGCGAGGAAAGCAAUGUCAUACCCUGAACAGUGAAUCAGAUUUUCAGACAGCAAAAGAUGUAUACAUAAAUUCACAUUCUGGAAAUGUAGAAAAUAUGCGAUUAGCUGUUGUGACACUUGCAGAUGCCAAUAGACCAAAACCAGCCAAGCAAGGUGUGAAACGAAGUAUUUUGCCUGGAGGUUUGCAAACGUCUAAACACAAAAAGGUGGUUAGCUCUGAAUGUAGUGAUGAUGAUCUAGACGACAUUGCUGAUGAAGAAGCAUACAUGAACUUUCUCGCAAAUGGACCAGAAGAUAAAUUAAAAGAUACAAAUGAUAGAUGGAACAAAGUUCAUGUAGAAUUACGAAAAACCCUGGAAAAAGCUGGCACACUUGAUCGUUAUGGAAUACCCCAUCUAAGCUUGUGGACUGAUCUAAUUAUAGACGGGAGGGUUUCCGGAGUUAGCGAGGAGCCUGAUUGGAGCAAGCACCUAGACAUUGUGCAGGUACAGCCUGUCCCUAAACGAUUAAGCGGUAUUGAAAGGGCAAAAGGACCUAGUGAUGUGUUGGCUGCAAUAAUGAUGCAGCAUGAAUUCCACAGAGAAGAAGAAAGGCGUAAAGAACAACUACAGAGAGAAAAGGAAGAGAAUAGAAGACAAAUGGAGGAAAAAGCAAGAUUUGAAGAAAGAAAAGCUGAAAGAGAACACCAGAAAAUGAUGCAAUCAAUGCUGAUGUCUGUGUUGACUUCAAAUGCCCAGUCACCAACAUUUACACGAACUGAGAACAGUGUUUCAAAUAUGUUUAAAUCCUGUACACCUAAUGGAAUGUCAGUUCAGGUAGAAUCAAAAGAUGAAUUAUCUAAAGAAAACAUUGGGCUUGCAGGUUUACUGCAGUUGACAGUCGAACAGGUUUCAGACAUGUUUUGCCAAAUGAACAUGGAUCAGUACAAACAAUGCAUCCAAGAUAAUGAGAUUGAUGGUGCGGUCUUAGCAUUUCUAAGUGAUGAAGGUCUAAAUGCUAUUGGAAUCAACAAUGCAUUACAUAGGGCAAAAAUUCUUGCUAUGGUUUCCAAGAAAAAGAUGAACAUCUGAAAAUAG